ACACAGAUGGCUCAUUGAUGCAGGCAGAGGACCUGAAUGAGAAGCAAUUUUCUGUUUUAUUGAUCACUUUUUCGGGUUCUUUUCUCAUGAACCUGACUCUGUUGGAAGCUAAAAGGUCUUCGCAUCAACAAAGAGAAGAAAAGUAAACAGAAGUACAAGCAAACAGAUAACUCAUUAACAACCUCACAACAUAGUCCAUGACACUCACGGGAAGUGUAUUCGUUAUGCAACCACAUACGUCCUGCAUCUCCAAGAUAAUGUGGACCCCAAACUAAAAAUGCCCUUUGCUACCGCAGAUUCUGAGCCAUUGAUCAAACCAGAUGCAAGAACAAGUGCACAAGCAAUGCAUCUUCCAUGUCCCCAUCUUACAUGACCAAUCAGCUUGUCUGUUUCCUGACCACCAGGCUUUAUUCCAUUGCAUUAAUUCUUUGAGAAUGAUCGCAAAGCCUGGACUUGUGUAGAAACUCAAGUUCCAAUUUCCAUAUAGCCCGGUUGCCUAUGCCUUCAAUCUAGACUGCUUCAUCUGCUUUUAGCUCUUUCACCAAUCUUAACAUCAGCAACUCAAAGGCAGGUUUUCUGCAGCCAUGUUAGAAGGCAAAGCCGUCGUUAACGAGACUGACAUGCUUCAAACAAUGCAGCAAGACGCGCUCGAUUUAGCUGCAAAGGCUCUCGAUAUAUUUGAUAUCACUGAACCUACUGAAAUCGCCCAAUUCAUAAAGAAGGAAUUCGAUGAGUCAUACGGGACUGGGUGGCAGUGCAUAGUAGGAACAGAUUUUGGUUCGUUUGUGACACACAGCCAAGGCUGCUUCAUCCAUUUCUUGAUUGGUAGCCUUGCUUUCUUGGUUUUCAGGGGUACGGCCAAUCUUGCUGCUGAAGCAAAUAGGAUCCCGCCAUUGGAAGCUGUGAAGGCAUAAAGCUCUGCUUCAUAAAUCUUUACUGCCUUCCUGUUCUCCUUGAAUUUGUAUAUCAUAAUAAAUGAACAAAUUCCAAGUUCAGUAAUUUAUCAUCCUUCGUUUCCAUUUA